AUGGCCGGAAAUCAAGCAUAUGAUGAACCUCUCCGGUUCGGGGUGGCCUUGUUCCCCGGCUUCCAGGCCCUAGAUGUAUUCGGUCCCUUGGACUGCAUCAAUGUCCUCUCACGGACCGACAGCCACAGGCUCUCCCUGUCUAUACUCUCCUCGACCUUGGAGCCCGUAACGACAAAGCCGCCCGGUUUCCCCGAUGCGAUCGGCCAAUCCGUCGUUCCAACUCAUACCUUUGCUACCGCACCGCCACUGGAUGUACUGUUCGUCCCGGGUGGUCGGGGUACACGCGGCUCUAGUUCCGUAGUUCAAGAACUCAUCGCAUUCAUUAAGACCACAUACCCGCAGCUCAAGUACUUGAUUACCGUCUGCACUGGCUCCGGGCUCGCGGCGCGGGCCGGCGUGUUGGACGGGAAACGCGCCACGACCAAUAAAAUGGCGUGGCGGGAGAUCACGGCCUGGAGACCCCAGGUGAUUUGGGUCCCUCGCGCCAGAUGGGUUACGGAUGGGAAUAUCUGGACAUCUUCUGGGGUCAGUGCUGGGAUUGAUGUGACGCUAGCUUGGAUUGAGGAGGUGUUUGGCAUGCAGACGGCAAAGAAGAUUGCCGAUGGGAUAGAGUAUACUCGACACGAAGAUCCGAGUCUAGAUCCCUUUGCUGGGUUGCAUGGUCUGUGA